AUGUAUACGAUACGACCAGCACUGCGAGCGUGCACAGGAAGAGCUCCAGCACGAUUGAUACGCGGCCGUCGCUACCCAUCGCCUCCACGCCUACGAACUUUACACACCACACGUGCCCUCGGGCAAGCCGCCGGUCCACUCCCGCCUCCAGACGAGAAUGACGUCAACAAUCCCACGAACGAUGCACCGGUGACGACCGACGACCCAGAGCUUCUUGCUCAAAAACUACAGCGCUCCCGCGAAUCAUCUCGACGGUACUCGGCAGCCUUGCGCCGGCAACAGCGGGGGAAGAAGGCGCAGGGAUUACCGCCUGUACACGUACCGGACUGGUUUCUGAAAAGGAGGGUGAUACGGCUCGAAGAUGUGCCAACAGAAACACAGCAGCGUGCCAGGCCGCAGGCGCUCUCGGUUGUGGUAACACAUGACGGGUCUGGGGAAUGUGCAAGUUGCUCUAUUCCGGCAUCGAAGGACCUAGAUGCGGCACAGACUUUGUCGAGGCUGGUACGAGGGCUUUGGGGGAGAAGACUGGAUGAUGCAGAGAAGCGCAAGGUGGAGAAAUAUCUGGAGGAAAGAAUAGCAUUGGCGCAGAAUGCACAGCCCACGAAGCCAUCCGAGGGGAACGAGGAGUCAGAUGUGAAUGCUGAGGUCGAAGAAGCGGGAAAGCUACUCGAACGGAUGCUUAUGAAAAGAGAAGCGGCCAAAACACGGCAGUCUCGCACGCCAAAGCACAUAUCAGCCUUGGUCCUCGCUGAGAUCCGCGCGACAGUUGCAGCAUCCCUUGCAACAUUACGACCAUCCAUGGGCGACUCAUUUCCCUCGACAAAAACAAAUCUGAUUCUGCAUUCGCCAGUAGCUGAGCACGAGACAUUGGUAGACGAGUGUGUACAAGAUGUCGCGCUGGAGCUGGGAUCCGACGUCAUCAUCCUACGCGCACAGGACCUUGCACAGCUGGCAGGAGACUAUCUAGGCGAAGGGCCAGAACCAUCCCCCCGUUCGAUUCGUUCGUUGGGUUACGAAACCUAUCGACUGAGCUCAGAACUUAGCAACGCGUUUGACGAGGCGGGUGCAGAUGAUCUCGCUGAGGACGACUUCGAAGCCAAUCAGCCCCAACCAAUGGACCAGCCUGAGAAGCCGAGGAUGCCAUUCAUGCAUAUCCUCGCCCUUUCGCCUGCUAUGAAGGCUCUGACUCAAAGCCUGAAAGGAAUGCAAAUGCCUGCGUCAGGUCAGUUCGAGGCUACCGCUAGUGCCGUCAGCGAUGAGCCAGGGCGUUCCCAGAGCCAGAGCGAGAUCCAACUUGAAGAUUUGAAGCUAGCAACUCUGCUGGAGGCGUUGGUGGAUUCCAACGAGCUCAAGCAAAGUCGGGGUCUUGUAGGGAAUGGGAGCGUAAUAUUGCCUCCUUCAGAAUCGAGUCAAGCGCAAACGCAAACGCAAACGAAAGACCCUAGCUUCUUUGACUACUCAGUGAAUUCCGAAGGCGCCGAGCUCGAACUUGACUCUACACUGCCUACGUUGGCGAAACCUGGAAUCAGUAUGGCUGUAAAUAUUGGCUCGUCACCGAGCGCGCCACAGGUUCCCGAGAAGUCUAAGAUCAUCUACGUAAAAGACUACAAAGAGCUCAAUGCGACGCAUUACGGUGGUCGAAUCAUUCAGAAACUAGAAGAGCUGGUUCGAAAACGGCGGAGCUUGGGCGAGAGUAUCAUGAUCAUCGGCAGUACAUGCUCUCGCGAACUCACACCUGAGUUGUCCGCCGGUGGAGUUCAUGGCCUUCAAUCUGACGAUGAGUCUGGUUUCUUCAGAACAAUCGUCAUGGCGUCAGAGUCGAAUGACAAGCUGGACGACCUUCGCAUGGUUUCCAAGGGCGACAUGUCAUCAGAUUUGUCGACGGCGGAGAAGAGCAAAUUUCAGAAUAUCAACUUGUUGCACAUUCAAGACAUGCUGCGGUGUCUGGACCCGGUGGUUGCGGCUAAUAUUGCGGAUGUGGAGAGGAGUCCUCAACUUUUCCGCCCGUUCGCAUCGAUAUUUCCCAAGAGGUAUCGAUACCAUGUAUUCACUUAUGAUGAGGUGCACAGGAUAGCUUUGACGGCUCUUGGACUGCACAUUACAAACCCUGGAGUUACGACAGACGGAUCUGCAGCAUCACUGAGCUGGGCACAUGUUGCCCUUGCCAUGGGGCUACUGAAAGCUAGCGAUGUCGCCAAAUAUGUGUACUUCGACAAACUAAGAGAAUCACCAGAACGCGGCAGACAAAGAAGCGCUUCCCAGGGCCAAGAACCAGAGCUCGAGGCCAAUGUAAAAGCUAAAAAGCGAGAUGGCGAGGUCAACGCAGAGCGUCAACGUAACCUCCAACGCAUCGCAUACAGCGCGAACAAGCACGAGAAGCGACUUAUGCCAGGCAUCGCAGACCCAGACCAGAUCAAAACAACAUUCGAGCAGGUGCAUGUUCCCAAAGAAACCGUAGACUCGAUCCGAACCAUCACCUCACUAUCGCUCCUCCGCCCCGACGCCUUCAACUACGGCAUCCUCGCCACGGAGAAGAUCUCAGGCGCGCUCCUCUACGGACCCCCAGGAACAGGCAAAACCAUGCUCGCCAAAGCCGUCGCAAAGGAAAGCGGCAGCACCGUGCUCGAAGUCUCCGGCAGCCAAAUCAUGGACAAGUACGUGGGCGAGGGCGAAAAGAACGUCGCCGCCGUGUUUUCCCUCGCGCGCAAACUCUCCCCCUGCAUCGUCUUCCUCGACGAAGCAGACGCCAUCUUCGCCUCGCGCGACGCCAUGCGCGAACGCUCGUCCCACCGCGACAUCCUCAACCAGUUCCUCAAAGAGUGGGACGGGCUGAACGACCUCUCCGUCUUCGUCAUGGUCGCUACGAACCGCCCCUUCGACCUCGAUGAUGCCGUCAUCCGCCGACUGCCCAGACGCCUCCUCGUCGACCUCCCCAUGCAGGCCGACCGCAAGGAGAUCCUGCGCAUCCACCUGCGCGGCGAACAACUCGACGCGGCCGUUGACCUCGACGACAUGGCGAAACGAACCCCUUUCUACAGCGGCAGCGACCUCAAAAACGUCGCCGUCUCCGCAGCCCUGGCGUGCGUGAAAGAGGAAAACGAACACGCCGCCCGCGCGGUUCGCGAUGCGGAGAUCGAGGCGGAAACCAAUUCGGUAGAUGCACCGGAAACGGAAGCUGCGGAUACACAUCACACUGAACCCCCCUCUUCCUCCUCCUCUACAAAUACAUCGGCACAAGCUCAAACAACCCCCCUUCUUGUCCGCGGCCAAACUUACACCUUCCCCGCUAAACGCACACUGCACACACGCCACUUCGACGCAGCGCUGCAGGAGAUCAGCGCCAGUAUCAGCGAGGAUAUGAGUAGUUUGGGUGCUAUUAAGAAGUUCGACGAGCAGUAUGGGGAUAAGAGGGGGAGGAAGAAGAGUAAGGGGUUUGGGUUUGGGGCGGGCGGGGAGAGGGAUGAGAGGAGUGCUAGGGUGAGGGUUUGA